UCGCAUACUUGCCCAUCGAGAAGAGCGUCUGCCGGGGACACGAUUUUCAUGACCGUUAUAACAUUAUAUGUAACAUUAUAUGCUUAAUAACCUGGCGCAGCGCUUUUGCAGCUAUAUCUCAGCGCCGAGAUCUGCGCUCUUCUACCUAACGUUUUAACACACUUGCUAAACGUGCCUUUUUAAACCAGAACUCUCAGAUUUAAAUUUUAAGAGUUUCGUUGUUUGUUUGUUUUUUCUCCCGUCGAGAUGAUGAUUUUUAGGUUCGGGGUCGUUUUAAGUCCCGAACGCUCGGACGUCGAGGUGUUUGUGUCGGGAUCCCGUCCGGAGAUGGGUCACUGGGCUCCCGAUAAGGCGGUUCCGAUGAAGGCGACGCGGGCGGUCGUGUCCACCCACGAACCGUGUCUGUGGACCGGCGAAGUGCACCUGGCGGAGCCUUACAGGGACAAGCUCUGGUUCAAGUUCAUUAAAAGGGUCGGCGGUAGCUAUAUUUGGGAAGGCGGUGGGCCACAUCACGACCGCGAGUGCGUGUAUGAUAAAAGCAGCUCGGUGGACGGAGUUUACUGCCACCCCAUCGGCCACUGGCUCGAGGAGAGCGGCCACACUGACGAGAUGACACACACAACGAACUUCUACUUUAGCGUCGCAGGACACCAAGCCAUGCACUUCUCAAAGGUUCUGCCGAGGAUAUGGCUAGGUAGUUGCCCUCGGCAACUGGAGCAUGUGACCCUGAAGCUGAAGCACGAGUUGGGUGUCACCGCGGUGAUGAACUUCCAGACGGAGUGGGACGUGGUGAACAACUCCUACGGCUGCCGGCGUGACCCUAACCAUCCCAUGACUCCUGAGACCAUGAUGCACCUGUACAGAGAGUGCAACCUGGCCUACAUCUGGCUCCCCACGCCAGACAUGAGCACGGACGGUCGCGUGCGGAUGCUGCCCCAGGCAGUGUUCCUGCUCCAUGGCCUGCUGGAGAAUGGUCACACGGUCUACGUGCACUGCAACGCCGGCGUGGGCCGCUCCACCGCCGCUGUGUGCGGCCUGCUCAUGUACGUGUUGGGCUGGAGCCUCAGGAAGGUGCAGUACUACCUCAUGUCGAGGAGGGCGGCGGUGUACAUAGAUGAGGAGGCUCUGGUCCGAGCACGGGAGGACUUCCUGUUAAAGUUUGGACAUUUGCGUUCCUCGUUCUGCAGUUCUGAGAUGUAAAGACAGAACCCUCGUAUGGACAGGAGACUGAAAACAAGAAGGUGCACACACAAUCCAAUCCAAUGUUAUGCGUUAAGGACUGCACCAGUUACACCAGUAUGUUAAGGAUUACACCAGUUACACCAGUACAUUAAAGAUUCCACCAGUCUAGAGAGUUCUACAGCUUUUCACAAGAAAUAAAAUUAUAGUGUGAAACUUGUAUCUCAAUUUAGUUUUCAAACACAAACUAAAUUUCCUGAUCUUAGUUCCAAUCUUUCUGCUUAUUUAACAGGAUUAAGGAGAAUACAAAAGGUAUAACGUGUUCCCUAGUCACCAUAAAUCACUUAAAAUCUUGCUGUGAAAGAGUAAAGUAUCGUUUUUUUGCUCCCUGUAAAACCUCUGGCUGUGUCUGUGUUGUGCUGCUCCAACAUUCAUCAUGUCGUCUCCUCACACAGCUGUACUUCCGCUUAAUACUAGUUCUUCCAUCUUUUAGCAAGACAGCCAUGUUCAAAAGGCACCUUGAAGCCAUCAGCUCGAAUGCUAAUGUAGCAGUUCUCGUUACACUGUCUGCCGUUUUCCAAAUUUAAUACCGCCCCCUUAAUUCAUCUGGGAACAGACAAUGUGGCGGCUAUAUUUAGCCCAGUGGUAUGCCUCUGUGUUGAGUGAUAUCAGGGAACUCUAGCUGGGCUCUGUAAAGCACUGUGACCUUUGGAUGAAGCAAUGGAAACUCUCUCUGUGAUGGAAGGCUUGGAUGAAUGGGUGAAAACUGUGUGAAAGGGGGAGAAAGGGAGAGGAAGAAGAGAGAAGAAGAGAGAGCGGCGGAGAGAGAGAAUUUUGAAUGUUAGUCACAUACACGUCUGUCCUCACCGUGUCUUUCUGGGUAGUUCCAAAAGCGACAGAAAUUAAAUGCAUUUUACUUUUGGUUUGACAUAAGUUACAGUGUAGUGUCACCUUUGGCUCCACAAUAGACGCUGCAGUAAGUGAGUAACCACUGGUUACCUGCAGCUCCAGAGGGGGGGUCGGCUCGGCUCCCCUCUAGACCCCAGAAAUGAGGAGUGUGUCCACUGUAUGUGUGUGAUUACUACUGUAUCAGACAAAGCGGCACACAUAAACACAAAACAUUUUCUAGCCAGACCCUUUAAGGAUGGAUUGAGUUUCCCACGUGGAUCUGAAAGCUCUUGUCCUACUUGGGUAGAAAGUCUGACAACAAUAUAAGCAGAAUAAUAAUGUUUAUUCCAUCUAAAUAAAUUGAAAACAUGUUUAGUGCAACAGAACACUGACUUCUGCAUGGCACCCCCUGUAGUGGACUGAGAAGGAUGGAGUUUGGAGAAACGCAGAAUUAAUUGUUCCUUCUAACGGAGCCACUGAGACAGCUGUGUGGAGUCUCUCACUGCAAGAUGGUUUAGGAUUUUUAAAAUCCUGUAGCUUGGCCCAGGGCUCAGUCAGUUAGAACAAUAUUUGUGCUGAAGGAUUCGUGCUUUUGUGUUUUGCAUCAGUGAACAUUGAUGUGAAGGUGUGCAUCUGAGAUUGAAAUGCUGAAGGAAAGGUUUUGUAUUGUGUGAUUGUGGUGUAUCUAUUCUUCAUCUGUUUCAUAUGUUUUUAUGUCAUUGACACCCUCCACCGCAACCCCCCCCCCCAAAAAAAAAAAAUAAGAUCCUUAUAUUUUAGGAUUUGUGCUUUUAAGCUUCUGACAACAUUCAGUACAUGCUAUCAUGGAUUGGCUUGCAUAUUUGGUGUAAUGAUUGAUGUUGCCUCUAAGGUUAAGGACACACCAAACUAACACUGAAGAACCUACAGCAACUGUGUGUAUUUACACUCAAUCUCGCCAGCCCAUAGCUGAUGAACAACACACAAGUUGGUCACACAAGAAGACACAUCUAUUCCUGGAAUAUUUAAUGACCAAUGACCCUGCUCCUAUAUUGACUAACUAAACUAAUACUUAUUGUAGGGUAUUGUUUAUUACGAUGAUGUUGAUUAACAAACUCUAUCACUUAUUGUUUAUUGCACUUAUCAUUGUUUAAGAUAGACCUUAUGUGUUUUGUACUUCUAGGUAUCAGCACUGA